AUGUCUGAUAGGAAUGCUUCCUAUAAAGAACCGAUGAUGUACAACGUAUCUUUGCCUUCGUACAAUAGUAGUAAUUUAGGUCAACUGGAUAGCCUGAAAACUAACGUGAGAGCAGGCUCUCAUGAUCAUUCCAUGCGAAGUGAAAUGUCAUCUAAGAAUUCCGGUAACGAUUUCAUGCCACAAUCAAUUUCGCACUGGGAAGGCAGUGUCUACCAAAUGAGAAUUGAACAAGAUAGCUCUUCAGGUACAGCAAAAUUUGAUUUUAAAGUUAGUGCAAGAGACCAAUUGUUACUCCGAAUGUCGUGGGACAUUCUUCUCAGGGAGUAUUUACCACAUGAAGAACUAAAAAUUUUUCAAGCACUUCUGUAUUCAAACAGAAAUAUUGCUUCGACAGAAAGGCCCUUUUUGAAUACUACUUUUGAUGGCAUGAUUACCAAAACUAUAGAUCCUGCUGUUAAAGCACGUAAAGGCAAAAAGAAGGGCAAUGAUGAUAAAAUCGAUACUGCACUGUUUUGUUCACAAUUCUAUGACAAUUUAAUCGCAAUGGACCCUUUAUUGGAAGAAUAUUUCCCAUCAUUAAGACAUCAAGCUGUUUCUUUUUGCAAGGUCCUCAAUUCGGCCAUCGAAAACCUUGAAGAUGUUCAUGUCUUAGAUGAUUACAUUGUAAAGUUAGGUAAACGUCAUUCCAGGAUUCUCGGCAUUAAAACUGUUGGAUUUGAAGUAAUGGGUAAGGCAUUUAUGACCACAUUGCAGGAUAGGUUUGGAUCCUUUCUCACGUUAGAACUCAAGAAUCUUUGGGGCAAGCUUUACUCGUAUUUGGCAAAUUGUAUGAUCACUGCGGGAAAGGACCCAAUGGAAAAAACCAAAUCAGAUUCUUCCUAUCAGGAAGAGUCUGUAGUUUUGAGUUUUCCCGUUCCAAAGCUUGCGACACAUGAUAUGAGUACGAUCGACAAGCUACAAUUAGCCAGAACUAAAAAUGCUACAACACCCAAUAGUUUAACUCAGAUACCAACAAAUAAAACUCGAUCAGAAAUGCCCUUGGAAAAUAUAUCCAACCAGACAAAAAGCGACAAUGAAACAAGUUCAUCAUUCUCGCCAAAGCGUUCGGGAAGUACAAGGCCUAGUACCGGAAGCAGUACUGUCGUGGAAAACAGUAUCAAGAAGAAUAGUUAUGAAGAAAAAAUCCACUCAUUACAAAAGACCGCCCAACAAAAUAACUGUUCGAUUAUGUAA